GAGCUAGUUUCCCUAUUCUACAGACGCUGAACGAUGUUGUUACGCGCCUCGCUGGGCUCACGCACGCGCUCUUGGGCUGCGCCCUCCGUUGCGAGGUGGGCGAGGUACCAGAGCAGUACUGCUGGUAGUCCUGGUGCCGGUCCUGGUGCCGCUGGCGCGGGUGCAGGUGCUGGCCAACCAGCUCAACAACCCUCAGCGACUCCGGAGGCUGAGUUGGCGUCUAGUAAACCAGCCGAAGCAGCGAAGGCCGGUGGUGCCAAUGCCAAUGCCCCUGGUGCGACCGUGCAGAGGACCCCCCAAGAAGCUGACGCAGCCGUCGACAAGAUGCUGGAAGACGCUGUCCUCAACGCCUACAAAACCAUCGAAGCAGAGAUGGAAAAGCCCGAGAUGACCAAGGUCGAAGGCUACGACGGCCCAAUCACCAACGCCGCCCUCCCCCCAAACGCCAAAUACAACCCCGCCGACCUACCCCUCCCUCCCCCCUCCUCCACCACCACCUCCCCCUCCUCCCGCAAGCCCCUAACCGAAGAACAAUGGUCCGCAACCCUCAUCCACGGCCGAUCAACCCUCGAACCCCUCUACCACCCCGCACCCUACCACAUCCCCGUCGCCUCCCUCCACCUCCGCUCCUACCACCCCAAACUCCUCGACUUUUUCAGCCACUUUGCAGCACACGCCGCAGCGGCCUUGGGGAUCCCGAUCUCCAAAACCGCGCACCUCCCGACGCAGAGGUCGUUGUGGACCGUCCCGAGGAGUCCCUUUGCGCAUAAGAAGAGCCAGGAGAACUUUGAGAGGAGGACGCAUAAGAGGGCGAUUAAGGCGUGGGAUGCGGCGCCCGAGGUUGUGGAUCGGUGGUGUGACUAUUUGAGGAGGCAUUCGAUGGCGGGGGUGGGGUUGAAGGUUACGCGGUGGGAUAGGAUGCCACUUGGGUUGGGUGCGGGUAAGGAGGGGGAGGGGGAGGCGGAGUUGAGUGCGAAGGCGAGGAUGGAGAUUGAGCAGAGGCCGAGUGAGGCUGUUAAGGUUUUGGCGGAGAAGAUUGUGAAGAAGGAGGGGGGAAAGGUUAAGCCUGCUGCGUAA